AUUGAGCGUAAGCUGAGGUGAUAACUCGAGCGAUAACAACUUCACAAGGUGUCUUGCAAGAAGCUCCCUCUCAGCCUUCAGAGCACGAGGAACUUUCUUUUUAAUAAAUCAAUAAAGUGUCUUACUUGUCAAAUGCUAUGAAGUGCCUGGGGCUAGCUAUUUCAGCUCUCUUACUCUUUGCUUUAAUCGAUGAGAUUAAUGGAUUUUAUGCCCAGCCUGAUGUGAUUAAUUUCAUUUCUCAUCCGCAAAGUCGCAUUGCUGUUCUUAAUUCCAGUAUCACGUUUCACUGCUCAGUUAACAGGACACAGCUUGAUGCAUCACUGCCUAAUGUGAGCUUGAUCUGGUUUCACAAUGGCGACCUUUUAAAUGAUAGCAAUAACAUCUCCUGCUCAAGUAUCUCUGUUUAUAGUACAGAAUCUGUCGUUACUUCAACUUGCUCAAUCGAAUCAGUUCAAAUCAGUGAUGAGGGCUGGUAUCAGUGUCAUGUGAUUGACGGUACUAACGAUACCUACUGUAGGAACCUUCCUUGUAUCAGUCUAGUUACUGCUAGUAAAACUGCUCAACUAAAAGUAAUUGGUGGAAAAGUGGAUGCCUUGGAUGUUCACUUGACAAGUAAUGUCACCAGUGUAUUACUGGGCUGCUUAGGAUCAGAGUCUACUGAUGCUCUUUUUGACCAACAAAUAGUGUGGAAGAGAAAUGGAGAGCUCAUUAACAAUACUGACAUAGCUGAAAUCCUUCCCUCAAAUAACCUGUUGAUCACAGCAAAUAAUGACACUGUUGUGACAAAUGUUAUUGGUACCUAUGAAUGUUUGGUAUCAUUGCCCAACAAUUCACAUAUCAUAAUUUCACAAACUAAUGUACUCCUUCCACAAGACUAUGGUGACACAAAAAACAAGUCUACGUCACUCUCUCUCACUUUCUCGCCCUCAAAUUUGUUUGUGAACGAGUUCCUCUUACCUCAUGCUUCUCCAGUUGAGCUGGUCUGCUUAGUCACUGGUCUAUACUCUCCUUAUAAUAUAACAUGGACUAUUAACAGCCUUCCUAUUAGUAAUGCUAGUCGUCCAUGGAUUAGCAUGAAUCAAUGGUUGUCUGGUAAUUACUGUUGCCACAUUAGUUAUAAUGGAGAAUUGAGCAGCAGUUGCCAGUCCAUUAAUGUUAUCCAGCCAGAGCCUCCUCUGAUAUCAACAGUAUUUAUUAAUCAAGACACGUCGUCCAUUGAACUUAACUGUAGCUCUCAGUAUCCGGUCGAAUGGCUCCACAAUGGUAACGCUUUGGAUCACAAUGGCACGAGUUUGAAUGUUCCUGUGUCUAAUAAAUCUCUGGAUGAGUUGUAUGGUAUAUAUCAGUGCAAUAAACUCAAUGAGACGAUUGCAAUAUAUCGAGUCCUCCCAUUUGGUUGGACUAAUCCAGUACCUUCAGUCCAUCAUGUUAGUUAUCUACCAGCUAUUAACUUCUCUCUAAUUAUGAACUCUCCUUCCUUCACUGGAGGCCUCAGCAAGGAGGCACUAUCAGCUAAUGUGACGGUUCAAGUCUUUGAUGGUCUUUCAAGUAGUGUCGUCUUUUUGUAUACUCUCACGGAACCUUUUGAAAUGAAUAACCUAAUGACAAUUGGAGGCUUCUAUCGUAUCAAAGUGACAAUUGUUAAUGACAUGAAAGAAAGAAUCAGUGAGACAACAAGCCAUACCUUUACCUUUUGUAAACUCUACGAACCUAUUCCUCCAGUUUUGACUCUAAAUUGUAGCGAAAAGAAUUUCUCCGUCCACUGGAAGGUAUCGAGCUUAGAUCCGUACCCUCUCAAGACUACUAAUUACUUGAAUAUUCAAUGCUACAAUGCAAGUGGCCAAACUGUUUCAAUGAAAAAGGGAUGGUCUCGAUAUUCUACGAAUGGCUAUGCAUCUCUCACUCCUAGUGACAAUACCACCGUCUGUCAUUUUGCUAUGCAUGGAGAGCGAGCACCCGAUUGCACUGGUCCCAGAUCAACUGGAAUCUGUAGCUACGAUGAGUUUAAUAUUGAAUCAUCUACAGUCACACCAUCAUCAUCAUCAUAUGCAAUGAACUCAGUGUUGUAUUCUUCACUUUUGAUUAGCUCCAGUAGUAGCUCUUUUAUUGUUAUAUCUAGCUCUGAACAACCUACUACUACCUCUACUACUUCGCCAGUUACACCAUCAUCAACCCAUACAUUCAUUCAAACUACAUCACACACUCCAACUGCUAGCACUGAACAAACUCCCCCAUCAACAGAGCCUGAUGUCUCCAGUGAUAGGAUAAUCUUCAUCAGCAUAGUAGUAUUUAUGAUAAUAUUUAUUUUGGUAGUGUGUCUGAUCUGCAUUCUGGCUAUUUUGAGGCACAAGAGAUAUAAUAAAAGACAUGAUUUUUUUGAUUAUGAGAACGACAUGCAUCUAGAGCCUACUGAGAUUAUUUCUGCAUCUGAGGCUGAUACUGCUAGUAUAGAAACAGACUACGGGUAUUUAGACUGCACGACAUACAGAUCCAUCAAUGCUGAUUCAAAUGACAAUGAAAGAGCAAGCCCAGAACCAUCUCAAGGUUCACACGUACUGGAUCCUGUGGUACAGGGGAACAACAAUGAUUCUCAUGCAAGCACCAACACUAAUUCGGCUAAAAAUUUCGUUAACGCUGAUUCUAAUAACUCAAAUAUUGAUUCCAUUAAUCAUCCAAGUCACAGGAUACUCAAUACAACCGAAGGCAGUAAUUCAACUUCUGGUUCGAGUGGUUUCACACUUAAUUAUCUCAUUACUGGUGAUAACGGGAUAGAACUGAUUAGUUUCAAGUUUAAGAAGGACAAUGAGUGUAAUAAUGUUGAUAAAAUCUUAAUGACACAAUAAUGAUUGUUCUUUUUUGUACAGCGCAUUUUCAUCACUUAAAAUUUAUUCUUUGUUUUGAUUAUUGCUAUUAUUAUUAUUAUUAUUAAUUUAUUCAUGAAUGUAAUGCGACUCCACAUUUGAAAUUGAGGCAUUUUGGGGGUGUAUAUAGCCUACAGCUAAGAGUGCAAUGCCUUCAGACGAGCUCAAGUUUGAUAUUCAGGAGAAGCCAGCUUGGAGAGUAGGAGGAAAAACAACCAGUAACCUCCUCAAGGAUAUUUUUAUAUGGAGGGACAGCUUUGCAAGGCUCUCUCAGGAAGACCAGGCCUCAUUUCAGGAGGCAUUCCAAGUCUGCAUGAAAAUGGAGUACGUCUUCCACUCGUGCCUCACUGAGUCUCAUGGUACAAGGACAUACGCGGCAACCAAGGAGGUCCUUGAGAGAGUCAUUGGAGCUAGCGGCCGCCUUGGAGGAGAGAAGACCAAAGAGGAAAAGGAGACAGUGAACACUGCAAGAGCUCUGAUGCAGCUGAGCAGUGAGCAUAGUAAAAUGGGAGGGACUGGUAAACUAAGCCUUGAGGUUGUUUGCUCCAUACACAGCGAACUAAUGAAAGAGCUCAGAGCUGAUGCAGGAAGCUUGAGGACCAAAGACGCCUAUAAACGCAUGGACGAUAGUUCCACUCAGUUUUAUCCAAAGCCUGAAAUAGCUCGGGCUCGACUCCUUCAUGUCAUACAGAAUCAUAACAUUCACAUGGACUCGUAUGCUUCCCAGUCAAAGGAUUGGUCCCCGCAGAAUAAAUUUGUCUUUUUGGUCAAGUGUGCUUCCUGGCUGAUGGUCCAAUUCAUGGAAGCGCAUCCUUUCUCUGAGGGUAACGGAAGAAUGGCGUGGCUCCUGGCAAACUACGUCAUCUCACUAUCGAGCCCAUUCCCUCUUCACGUGUACCAGUUCCAGGACUUCACUGCCAUUGAUCGUAUUGCACACUUUAAGGAUGCCAUUGCAACUUAUCGUAAAUCACCAAAAGACGGACCAAAGGAUCUUUGUGCGUUAUUUGUAGAGGGUGCUUGGUCUGUGUGGAGUCGCUGCAUAAAGGCACAAGAAGCCCGUCAGUCUUCAAGCAGCAGCAUAACGAUUGCUGUGCAAAAAAGCAAACAAGAUGAAGCCCAAUCGCAUGUGAAACAGGUGGGCAUUGCUAAAUAUCUAAACGUGAGCGAGGGUGAUGCUGUUUCGUUGGUCUCAGAUAUAAUGGGGAGGGUCAGUGUGGAUGGGUUCCAGCCUCAUCAGUACGCACAGCUGAAAAUGGAUGGAUCUACCGAUCCUGUUAUCUAUGUUAGGGUUUUUCCUUAAAAUCUCAUGAAAUAAAAGGUACACAAAACACAAAAGAAAAGAACAAAAAAAAACAACAAAAUUUUACAUUAGUCCUUACAUUUUUAGGAAACUUAUAAUUUUAUUUAAUGAUAGAAAAUUUGUCUUUUAUAUCAA